AUGUGGGCGGCGAGUGGUGCUGUAUUAGUCUACACAAUCUUGAUUAUAUGGUUUCUGGAGCGCCCGUCUAAUCCAGAAUUCAGUGGUCCAUUGAAGAAUCAGAUUGGCACCGCAACUUGGUUCACCUUCACCUCUUUGUUCUUUUCUCAGAGAGAGAAAAUCCAUAACAACUUAACUCGAGUAGUUGUUAUAAUGUGGCUGUUUGUUGUAUUAAUCCUAACCUCAAGCUACACCGCUAAUUUGUCGUCAAUGCUCACCAUCCAACGAUUGAAACCAAAUGUAACAGACAUCGAAAUGCUAAAGAGAACCGACACAAAAGUUGGCUUGGAUGGGGAUUCGUUUGUCGAAGAUUACUUGAAGGAUGUACUUCAAUUCAACUCAAAGGACAUCAUCACAAUAAGCGAUGAAUUCAAGUACACAGAGGCAUUCAGAAACAAAAGUAUAUCUGCUGCCUUUCUUGAACUCCCAUAUGCAAAAGUAUUCAUGAACCACUACUGCAAGGGAUAUACUGCAACCGCACCCACCUAUAGAUUUGGAGGACUAGGCUUUAUAUUUCAGAAGGGCUCUCCAAUUGCCCAGGAUUUCACCAAGGCCAUUCUACAAUUACUGGAGGAUGGAGAACUUAAGUCACUUGAAGAUACUUGGUUGACACCGAAUCGUGACUGUCCAAACAAUGCAACUUCCGAUGUUCCAGAAAGCUUGAGUGUCAAGAAUUUUAUGGGCCUUUAUGUAAUAUCCGGUGCUACUUCCACCAUUUGCCUCCUAUUAUCCUUCACCAUCUUGCUGAAGAAGUAUCAACAACACCAGGAAGCAUACCUAGGAAAUGCAAGUGAUGAAAGUGUUUGGAACAGGACAGUUAGAAUAGCGAGAUUCUUGUAUAAUAGAGAGUUCAAUGUUCCAAUAAGCAGAGCUCCAAGUUUUGUUGAUGUGCUGGAAUUGACUUCUUCCCGAGAGGAGCAUGUGAUCAUUUCCACCCCUCAGGAGGUUGAGGCCUCCAACCCUGCACAAACUGAAGGCAGUCCACCACAUUCAUAA